UUCUGUCUUCUUUCUCAUGCUUUCUGUAAUGGAGCUGUUCGUCAUCAUUGCUCUUCAUCUUCUCAUGGCAGUUCAGUCAUCAGAAUAUCCUCAUAUGAAAGUGUCUCCAGAUGUUGUAAGAGAGUCAAACUCUGUACAUCUGACCUGUGAGAGUCCAGCAGAUGUGACAGUAAUUCAGUGUUAUUUCUAUGCAAACGGAAAUAAAGAGAAAGAUAUAAAAGUCAGUCCAUCAUGUCAUCUUAGUCUCACUGGGGCAGAAGUUCUCUCAUGGACGGGUGUUAAAUCACCUGUAUCACUGGACAUUGGUUGUUACUACACAACAGAUGUGAGAGGGGUUCAUAAACCAUCACCUCACUCUCCUCCUGCCACACUGACAAUACUGAAUGCUCUUAUUAAACCCAUCAUGAGUGUUGAUGACAGCUCUGAUCUGCUCAGUAUUUCAUGUGGAAUCCCAGCGUCAGUCAGAACUGAUUUCAUCUGUAAUCUCUACACUGAAGAUGGACCUCUCACACACAGAAGUCAUUCUCAGAGAACACAGUCUGGAAAUCAUCACUGUGUGUUCUACAUAAGUUCAAGUGAAAUAUUCACACAUAAGCAAACAGUGAACAGUCGACAGUUGAGUUGUGAUUAUUCAGUCAAAAGGGAUCGUGAGAUGAAGCUCACAUCACCACGCAGUGAUCUGUACACUAUCAGAGGUCUUCCUCAGGCCGUGUUGAGAGCGUCUUCAUCAGUGAUCACAGACACAGACACAGUUCAGAUGGACUGUAUGAACAGAGAGAAUCAGAAGAUGGACACGUGUUUCUUCACUGUAGAUGGAAUGGAAAGUAACAUGAAAGAGAGCAGAUCAUGUCAACUGUCACUCACUGGAUCUGACAUCAUUCAUUGGUCAGGAGGUCAGAGGUCAUCUGUCAUCAUAACCUGCUUCUACAGUGUGUAUAAAUCACAAGUUCUCAUAUCAUCUCCAUACUCUGAACCAGUAACAGUGGCUGUCUGGAAGUUUUUUCAGGCCGUGUUGAGAGCGUCUUCAUCAGUGAUCACAGACACAGACACAGUUCAGAUGGACUGUAAGAACAGAGAGAAUCUGAAGAUGGACACGUGUUUCUUCAUAAUAGAUAGGAGUCGCAUGAAAGAGAGCAGAUCGUGUCAUCUGUCACUCACUGGAUAUGACAUCAUUCAUUGGUCAGGAGGUCAGAGGUCAUCUGUCACCAUAACCUGCUCCUACAGUGCUCAAUCACAUGGUUUUGUAUCAUCUCCACACUCUGAUCCAGUAACCGUAACAGUUCAGAUUACAACAUCAACCACCACUGCACAAACUACAACAACGACAACAACAGUCAGGACAACUUAUGUUCCUCAAACCACUCAAGCCUCAGUUUCUCAAGUUGUAGGAUCUUCUGCUGUAAUCAUACCACAUCAUGCAAUGGGAACCACAACAUACCAUACAGCGGAAGUUCUCUCAUGGACGGGUGUUAAAUCACCUGUAUCACUGGACAUUGGUUGUUACUACACAACAGAUGUGAGAGGGGUUCAUAAACCAUCACCUCACUCUCCUCCUGCCACACUGACAAUACUGAAUGCUCUUAUUAAACCCAUCAUGAGUGUUGAUGACAGCUCUGAUCUGCUCAGUAUUUCAUGUGGAAUCCCAGCGUCAGUCAGAACUGAUUUCAUCUGUAAUCUCUACACUGAAGAUGGACCUCUCACACACAGAAGUCAUUCUCAGAGAACACAGUCUGGAAAUCAUCACUGUGUGUUCUACAUAAGUUCAAGUGAAAUAUUCACACAUAAGCAAACAGUGAACAGUCGACAGUUGAGUUGUGAUUAUUCAGUCAAAAGGGAUCGUGAGAUGAAGCUCACAUCACCACGCAGUGAUCUGUACACUAUCAGAGGUCUUCCUCAGGCCGUGUUGAGAGCGUCUUCAUCAGUGAUCACAGACACAGACACAGUUCAGAUGGACUGUAUGAACAGAGAGAAUCAGAAGAUGGACACGUGUUUCUUCACUGUAGAUGGAAUGGAAAGUAACAUGAAAGAGAGCAGAUCAUGUCAACUGUCACUCACUGGAUCUGACAUCAUUCAUUGGUCAGGAGGUCAGAGGUCAUCUGUCAUCAUAACCUGCUUCUACAGUGUGUAUAAAUCACAAGUUCUCAUAUCAUCUCCAUACUCUGAACCAGUAACAGUGGCUGUCUGGAAGUUUUUUCAGGCCGUGUUGAGAGCGUCUUCAUCAGUGAUCACAGACACAGACACAGUUCAGAUGGACUGUAAGAACAGAGAGAAUCUGAAGAUGGACACGUGUUUCUUCAUAAUAGAUAGGAGUCGCAUGAAAGAGAGCAGAUCGUGUCAUCUGUCACUCACUGGAUAUGACAUCAUUCAUUGGUCAGGAGGUCAGAGGUCAUCUGUCACCAUAACCUGCUCCUACAGUGCUCAAUCACAUGGUUUUGUAUCAUCUCCACACUCUGAUCCAGUAACCGUAACAGUUCAGAUUACAACAUCAACCACCACUGCACAAACUACAACAACGACAACAACAGUCAGGACAACUUAUGUUCCUCAAACCACUCAAGCCUCAGUUUCUCAAGUUGUAGGAUCUUCUGCUGUAAUCAUACCACAUCAUGCAAUGGGAACCACAACAUACCAUACAGCGGCUGGUCCUCGGACCACUCGAGAUUCAACGGCGGUUUCUCAAGAAAUGUGGAUAAAAAUCCUGCCGGGAGCGGUGUGCUCAGUGUUUGUACUCACAGGACUCAUAUGUCUGUGCCGAUGUGUGUGCAAAAAAAGAACAAAACGUCAAGGAACUGCCGGAGAAACAUGUGCUUCUGGACCUGCAGAGGCCUACUCUAUGAUCACUUCUGUGCCAGACACAUCUCAACACACAGGUCUCAAGCAUCCACAGUCACACCAGGAUAGCCAAUCAGAUGCUUUGGAUAAUGCACAACACAAGAAGGGAUGUACUGAAGAUAAUGAGAAUGUUUAUCACGUGUACUGCACCAUCCCGGAUAAACCAGUAAACGUUGCUGCUGGAGGUCAGAACUACAGUUUGGCUUACUGAAGUUCACAUAAGCCCCAUUAUUUCCUUUUUCUAUUCCAUUGCAUGCUUUAACAACAUGUUAUUCGCUAAAUGUUCAAAUAAUAAAGUUUUUUCG